CCCACGGCCGGUACCGCCGGGCCCUCACGGCCGCCCCUGCCCAACGCCGCCGCCAUGAGCGGCCCGCAGCCGGGAUUCCUUGCAACCUACAAUAGCCUUACAGACAAACACCUGGCUGGAUACUUCAGCAAUACCAGGAUAAGACGACAUCUCCAGAGAUCAGGACUGAUCUCAAGGAGUGGAAGAAUAAUACCUGACAAGGAAUACCGGCUAAAUGCCAUGAGGAGGGAGCACCAGCAGUACGUGCAGGAGUGCUUGGCUCGGGCCAUUUUUCACAAGGUCCUUGACAUGGAGCGUCAUCAUCAGCUGGAAAUAAAACGGAAACUUGAAAAUUCUGUGAGAAGGGAGAGGGUGCAGAAAAUCAAGGUGGAACAAUCCAAAAGAUGGGUGGAAGGUGCCAGCCCCAUGCACUCUCCACACCCACCUCCUGGUCCCAGAAGCCGCCAUGGUGUCCACCCGCUUGUGCCUGCAGCCCCAGCUGGCUGCUCCCAGCUGGACUCUGUCAUUACAGAGAAAUCUCUCCCUCCCACACAGAGGGCAGCUGGACCUGUAGCUGAUGAUAGUGGUGGACAUCCUGCUCACCAGCACCGAUUCAAGGGGCCUGCCUUGCCUAAGAUGACCUCCUGGAGACCAAGCACAGCUCCAGGAAGCACACAGCACCCGCUUCGCCUCCAGCCGAUUCACAGCUGUCCUGCAGGGGUGUCUGUACCCAAGGCUUCCAGCUCUAAACACAAGUGCCAUGCACUUGAAAAUGGUCAGCAGUUUGCCAGUGGGGGGGAGAGGAGUGGGUUAAGACUUAUGAAUUCAGUGGAAUAUGUGACUGGGAUAUCCCCGUAUCAGCUCCCCAUCAUUAGCAAUUAUGUGAUACCAGCACCACCACCCCCUCUCCACAGAGGGGACAAGAGCACAAGUGCAGUGAAGAGCAGGGUGCCCAGAGGCAGACGAUUUCGCCCCACCACUGCUCCAAAUGGCUUAGAGCAACUUCUGACAAAGAAUUCUGGAGGACUCCCUAAGCCCUCACUACGCAGCAAUGCAUUUGUGACCAUGGUCUUUCGAGGAAAAAGUGUGCAUUUAUCUCAUGAUGAUGAUGAUUACAGAGCUGAAAUCAAAGUCUAUCAGCAGCAUUGUGGAGGAGAAAACCUUUGUGUCUACAAAGGCAAGCUGUUGGAAGGAGAGACCUUUCAGUUUGUCUCAAAGAGGCACCAUGGCUUCCCGUUCAGCCUCACCUUUUUUCUCAAUGGGAUCCAAGUGGACAGGCUGAGCUGUUGCUGUGAGUACAAACACCAGAAGCGCUCCAGGCUGGGAGGCAGACAUGGAUACUUUGCGUUUCUCAGCGUGGAGGGAGCAUCUCCUUGCUACAGGUGCAUCAUUGCAAUGGGUCUGGACAAAAAGCCAUACCCUCCAAAGAGGAAGAUCAAAGAGCACGAGGAAGAGCACGUGGGCUCCUGGAGAGAUGGAGAGCACAGUGAGCCAAGUGAAAGCAAUGUAGAGCAGAAACCAAGGAAGGAGUCAGUGUUGGUCAUCUUGCCAGUUCAUGAAGUGAGUGCGGAAACUAUUGAGGACACAGCAGAGACUGGACAGGAGUACACAAAAGAAGAAAGGAAAAAGCUGUCUGAUCACAAGAGUGAAGGUAGUCAGGAAGACACCAGUGAAAAUGAGUAUGAUGAAGAUUUUGAGGCAGAUGAAGACACUAAUGAAGACGGACAGGCUGGUGAUCAAAUGAGUGGAAUGUCAAAGUCAUUCUCAGAUGAUAAAAAGCUUAAUUUGGGCUACGAAAAGGAGAGUACAAACUCAUCAGAGAAUGUACUGCCGACCUCUGACAGUGAGGAAGAUGAAAGUGCUGGAUAUUCUGACAGUGACUCAGAGGAUGAUAAACAAGAUAGGCCUGCCCACUCCCUCUCAUUCAGCAGUGCUCAGUACAGCAGUGAAGAUGAAUCUCAUGAUGAAACAAUGAAAGACAAUGUUGUGGGCAAAGAGGAGUAUAAUAGCAAAAGGGCAUCUGAUAACACAGCACACGCACAAAAUGGAACUACGAACAGGGAGAAGAAACUGCUCAGAAUGGAGGAAAUUCAGGAAACUUUUGCACUGGAAAAGGAAGGAAUAGAUGAAGCAGAAAAGGUGGAACCUGAAGAUCUAACAGCAAGGGAAGACACUGGAAUUUUCCAUGAAAACAUAUUGACAGUACAGCAUCCAAGUCCUGAAGGUUCUGGGAAGCCCCAGCAGGCUGGGUCAGCAGAAGGUAAUGUAGGAGAAGAUGGGGAGAAGAAUGCGAGUACCAGGAGGGACAGCAGGGCAGGAAGUCUUGCAGGUCCUUUGGAAAGCAGUCUGACAGAUGUGGAGGACAUGAGUGAAGAGUCUCCUCAGAGAGGCAGAGGUGGUGCACCAGAUGGAGCUUCCUUGGCAGAAGGAUCAGGGACACUUGACGUGCAGAAGGCAACAAAACAAGUGGUACAAGAAGGGCAGAUGGCAGGGGAGAGACAGGCACUUGAGAAGGAAGAUUCUGCUGCUGAAGGAGAAGAUGCUUGUUCUGUAGAGGCAGGAGGAGAGAUGGCACGAGUGGGAGAUUUGCUGCCCCGGGAAGACAUGAGGUCUAUGCUGCAGGCAGAGGGUCAGCUUGUGGUGGAGGAACGCACACCUGAGGAGAACACUGUGGCAGAAGGAGAUUCCCAAGGAGAGGGGACAGGGGUUAUGGAGACUGGCACAGUGGUGGCACCUGGGGAUCAGGAAGUUCUGACAGAGGGAAGGGAAAGGGAGACAGUGCUGGGAGAGUCAGCACUGGGGGGAGAGGAACCAGCAGGGACACUGGGCAGCAGGGAGGCAGGAGGAGCAAUGUCCGAGGGGGACAAGGUGGCUGGGGAGGUCUCCAAGGGAGAGGAGGCUGCAGAGGAGGCCUCCAAGGCAGAGGGGGCUGAGGAAGACAUGGGGGUUCUGGUGGAGGAGGUGGUGGGUGAGACAGUGUCUGAGGGAAAGGAAGCCAUGGAGGAGGGAGGUUCUACAAGGAAGGGUAUUGUGAUAGGUGGGAUGGUGUCUGAGGUGGAGGAGGCUGUGGAAGAAGGAGGUUCUUUAGGUAAGGGUGUUGUGGCAGGAGCUGUGUCUGGGGAAGAGGAGGCUGUGGAGGAGGGAGGUUCUUCAGGGAAAGGCAUUGUGGCAGGGCCUGUGUCUGGGGAAGAGGAGGUUGUGGAGGAUGUCAAGUUGGCAGAAGAAAGGAUUGUUGGCCCUGAAGAAGCUGUAGAUGAAGCGAGUUCUGGAGGGGGAGAGGCAGUGGAGAAGCCUGGGGCUCUCCUGGAAGGACUGGGGGAGAGGAGUCCUUGCACAGGAGAGGCAGAGCCUGGAGGGAAAGACUUUGUAAAGCCACAUGAGUUUUCCCAGCUGAAAGCAUCAGGAGAAGAGCAGAUGGAAAUGGGAAAAACUGCUGUAGAAACAGCAACAUCUGAGGCUGGUGAGAUGUCUGAAGAGAAAGGGAGCUCGCUUCUGGGAGCAGAGGUCAGAGUGGAGGAGUCUGUGGAGCCUGGUGAGGGUCCCGUGUUGCAUAAAGCAUCUGGAUUAGAGGCACUGGUGGAUGCUGGAAGUGAGCCUGUAAGUGAAGGGACAUCUCAACUGGAGGUGACCACAGCAGUGGAGGAGGAGGAGGAGGGCUCAGCAGCGCUUCCGAGUCCAAACCCAUCCGUGUGCAGCCAAGCAAAGGCAGAGAGUGCCAUGGAGGGUGGAGGGGUGAGGGGAGUACCCGUGGGGACAGCCGGGGCAGGGUCAGAAGGUGGAGAGGAGGUCCCGGGCAGAGCAGCGGGUCCCGGGGAGCUGGGAGCUGAGCUGAGAGGGUCACCGGGCGGGGCUGAAGGGAGUGGGAGGGAGAGCCCGGUGGGCGAGGGUCCAGGGGUUCUGGCCGUGCUGCCGGCACUGCGGCUGAGCGUCAGCCGGGCGGCGGAGGCCGGAGCGGGUCGGGGGGCUGGGUCCGGUUCGGGUCCCCCGUCCCCAGGGCGAGGAGCGGUGUCCAGUGGCGGGCAGGAGGGUGCAGGCAGCGGCCCUGUGCCUGCGGCCGGGACAGCGGAGCGGAGGGGCCGGGGGUCCGCAGGGGGCGAGGGUCCGUUCCCGGGCAGCCCCGGGAGAAAGGCGGAGAGGGGAGAUCUGGGGGAGGGCCGGGAGCGAGGCGAGGGGCAUCAGCCAGCAGCAGCGGAGGUCUGGGAGGGGGUCGGAAGCCCUCUCGGGGUCUCGGAGCGGAGCAAGGACCGUCCCGUCGGUGGGAGCCCGGGAGCUGCCGGCGAGGGCCAGAGGAGCGCUGGGCCCCGAGGGGAUGUUGCAAAAGCAGGUGCAGUUACCGUUCCCCUGGUUCAGCUGCAGGAUGGGGAAGAAACUCGCUUCUAA